AUUACCACCUUGUUGUAGGAAAGAAACCAAAGAUGAAGAGGGUUUCGUUAGUUGCUUUGUGCGUGGCUGCACUGGCGGUGUUGCUGUUUACUCGCGUGACGGAGGCAGCAAUAUGUGAUCCCCAACAGCUUAGCCCCUGCAUAUCAGCAUUGACAUCUCCGGUGGCUCCGUCGAUAUCCUGUUGCAGCAAGCUGAACGAGCAGCGGCCUUGCCUUUGUGGGUACAUUAGGAACCCCCCUCUUAAACACUUUGUCGACAACCCCAACACUAAAAGGAUUGCUUCUACUUGUAGAGUCCCAUAUCCCCGAUGUUGAAGCGUAGCUUGAUUAGUG